CAGAUGGCCAAUCAAGGCAGAGGGGUGGGCAGCUUGGCUCUCUCCUCCUGUGGCUUUUUUCUGUGUCAGUUUCAGGAGUCCUGAGCCUGAGCUAAACAAAAGCAGGAGACAGAGGGGGCUGCUGGAGUUUGCAGAGACAGAGAGGAAAGGGAGGAUAUUUUGCUUGCUUUGCUGCUGCUGGGGUGGGGGCAGAGCUCUGGCUUUUGCAAGAAGAAGGGGAGAGGAAAAAAGAAAGAAAGCAAAGCAGCCCACCCCCUUUGAGAUCGCUCUGGCAGUGGCUGGAGGGGGGUGGGGGAAAGUUUGCCUUGCAACCUUCCUUCGCCCCUGCCUUCCCCAGAUCAAUGCCUAUUUGCAAGAGGAUUAAGAGGCAGAUUUAAAGGCUGAUAGCUCAUUUCUGCGAUUGCAAAAGGAGCCCGGGACUAAGAAAGCAGCCAGAAUCCAGCUCUGACCCCCCCCCCAAGUGGCAAGGAGGUUUAUUUUUCUUGCUUUUUGGAGUCGUCCUCUUCCCCCUCCCCCCCCACCCAGCCCCCGAGUCCCUUUUCCUCCCUCCCAGAAGCAACGGGAUCCCCCUCCCCCUUUUCUCGUUUUGCCUUUUUUUUAAAAUUUCCUCCUCCCGAGAAGAAGGAUUUGGAGCCAGCGUGAAGGAUAAAAAGCCUGGUUGCUCCCUAGGAGGCGCGCCGAAGGAGCAGGAGGGAGAAGGAAGGAAGGAAGGAGAAAAGGGACUGCUGCUGCUGCUAGCUUGGGCGAUGGACGAUCAACCCAGGUUGAUGCAUUCCCAUGCUGGGGUGGGGAUGGCAGGACAUCCCGGCCUGUCCCAACACAUGCAGGAUGGAGCAGGAGGGACAGAGGGCGAGGGAGGCAGGAAACAAGACAUUGGAGACAUUUUACAGCAGAUCAUGACCAUCACAGAUCAGAGUUUGGAUGAGGCACAAGCCAGGAAACAUGCUUUAAACUGCCACAGAAUGAAGCCGGCCCUUUUUAACGUCUUGUGUGAAAUCAAAGAAAAAACAGUUCUAAGUAUCCGGGGAGCCCAGGAAGAGGAGCCCACAGACCCGCAGCUGAUGCGACUGGACAACAUGCUGUUGGCAGAGGGCGUGGCAGGGCCUGAGAAAGGAGGAGGCUCAGCAGCGGCUGCGGCCGCAGCAGCAGCAUCCGGAGGGGCUGGCUCAGACAAUUCCGUGGAGCAUUCUGACUACAGAGCUAAACUCUCACAGAUCCGACAGAUUUACCACACGGAGCUGGAGAAAUAUGAACAGUUUUUCUUGCCGUCCCAGGCGUGCAACGAAUUCACCACCCACGUGAUGAACCUCCUGCGCGAGCAGAGCCGGACCCGGCCCAUCUCACCAAAGGAGAUCGAGCGAAUGGUCAGCAUCAUCCACCGCAAAUUCAGCUCCAUCCAGAUGCAGCUCAAGCAGAGCACAUGCGAAGCCGUCAUGAUCCUGCGCUCCCGAUUUCUAGAUGCGCGGCGGAAGAGACGAAACUUCAACAAACAGGCUACGGAAAUCCUGAAUGAGUAUUUCUAUUCCCAUCUCAGCAACCCUUACCCUAGUGAGGAAGCCAAAGAAGAGCUAGCCAAGAAGUGCGGCAUCACAGUCUCACAGGUAUCAAACUGGUUUGGAAAUAAGCGAAUCCGGUACAAGAAGAACAUAGGUAAAUUUCAAGAGGAAGCCAAUAUUUAUGCUGCCAAAACGGCUGUCACUGCUACAAAUGUGUCAGCCCAUGGAAGCCAAGCUAACUCACCCUCAACUCCCAAUUCAGCUGGUUCUUCCAGUUCUUUUAACAUGUCAAACUCUGGAGAUUUGUUCAUGAGCGUGCAGUCACUCAAUGGGGAUUCUUACCAAGGGGCCCAGGUUGGAGCCAACGUGCAGUCACAGGUGGAUACCCUUCGCCAUGUUAUCAGCCAGACAGGAGGAUACAAUGACGGGCUCGCAGCAAGUCAGAUGUAUAGUCCGCAGGGCAUCAGUGCUAAUGGAGGUUGGCAAGAUGCUACUACCCCCUCAUCAGUGACCUCCCCCACAGAAGGCCCUGGCAGCGUCCACUCUGAUACCUCCAACUGAUCUCCCAGCAAAUCGCAUCCCUGGCUGACCCCAGCCCCAUUCAGGGCUGGGGGUGGGAGGGGAGGGUGCUCUCCUGACACUGAAGCAGUCAGACUGGAGGUGGAACCAAUCGGCUAAACACAACAAGAGUCGCCUUCUCUUCUCUUCGUUGGGAUGCUUUUUUCAGCCAAUCUGGACACUUCUUUAUACUCUUUUCCCCUUUCUUUUCUGGGCAGAAGCCACCUCUCCUCUCGCCACCACUCCCUCCCCAACCUUCUCCCUGAAGGAUAUUUUCAACAGUUAGAAGAAUUUAAAAAGGGGGAACAAAAACAACAACAACAGCAGCAUCUGUCCAUUUCCAUGCUGGUGUUUUGAGGAGCCAAAAUUUACCUCACUCCUUUGCUAACAGGCAACCCACUUCCUUCAGCUUCUCUUGCGCUCACACUACCUCUUAGCAGGAAUACUUCACAUCCGCUCUCUCUUCUGCUGCUGCUUCACCACUCUUCUGGUUCUGGGGACAGAGCUAACAGGACGCUUCCCUGUUCUGAAGCGAUCCCAAAACCUCAGCGAGUCACCCCCGGGGCAUUUCCAGUGACAGGGCGGAUAAAUGCAUUCCCAGUGCUGCCAGGCAUGUAGGAAAAGGGAGCAAAACUCCUCUGCUGAGGCUCUCCUUGCUUUCAAAAGGUACCAGGACACUAUGCUUGCAAACAGGUGUAAACAGCAAACGCUACCCGUUCCCUCUGCCACCGUGCUUUGCCUCAGACCCCAAACACCAGCCGUUCAGCUCUGCAGCAAACACACAUGGCAUUUGCCAGUGUACAAAGGAACCAAAAAUAGCCAAUAUUCUUUGCAUCAUGGUACUUCUAGGAAGGAAACAGCAGAGAGCAGUGAGUGAGAAACUGUGGGCAUCUGUAAUGCUAACACUUAGCACUCAGAUAGUUUUACCCAAUCAAAGCGCUGCAGAAACACCUAUGAGCGAUUGAUGGGGAUGAGGCCGAUUUGCACGACACUUAUGUCUGUAGUGUCUUUUCUUGUUGGCACCGAGAGCGUUGCACUGAAAAGCAAGCCAGGCCUGGCCUGUGUUGUGUUCUGAGGGGGUGUGCAUGCCUACCUGCUGGGGGGCUGGAUGGGCCCUGGGGUGCCCCUUCUGCAGUUACAGUGAGAAACAGGCUCAUGUACCCAUUGGUACAAUUUAGCCCUUAAAAGAUGUUCAGAUAGCAUCCUGUGAAUUAGCAGGCAUGAAUGUUCCUUAUAGCCAACAGAUGAGCAGUGAAGACUGAAGGGUGAGGGGAGAGAUGGAUGCACACAGCCAAUACGUAAGUUGAAUGGACUGGAUACUUUCAGUAGCUAUUAAUAAACCAGGUCUGUUUUUGUCAGGGGGGGAAAUGCCCCAUAAACUAAAUAAUUUUCUAGUUUGGGGAUUUCUUUCAAAUUAAAGUGCCGGUUUCAGUCCCGCACCUUUUUGUGAAUCUAAGAUGUGACAUGAUAAGUACUAAAAUAAAUCAUGUAACAUCCACCCAGCCAAUCGGCACCCAGGAUCUUUCAGCAUUUUGUAUCAGGAGGGUUUGCGCCCUGUGUUGGUUCUCCUGCAGUGCAGUCAGCUGUAGGGAGGAGGGGCUCCUGAUUGGCCAAGAAGGAGCCGGGGUUUAUUCCUGGUGGAACGUUCCAUUGCACACUAACAAAACAAAAUGAGAUAAGGAGGGAAGGGUGCAGCCAAGAGUAACUUCUGCAACAGAGUUAAAAUAGAUUGAUCUUUGUCUUCAGCUGGAGGCCUCUCUGGUGUGAGGGUGGCAUGUCAAAUGGAUGAACAUAAAGCAGGGCAGCUCCGGCAGCAAGCCCUCCUGGGCAGGAGGGCAGCCGGCAUUUAAAGUGCUGCUUGUGCAAUGGGGGGGAAUUGUUGCCUUUAGUGGGCGGGAUGAUAUGAAAAUAUGCCCCAUCUUCUCUUUUACGAACUACAGCCCUGAGCCUGAAAACACAUACGUGCAGUAGUCCCAUUGAUCAAAAUGGGUCUGCUCAGAAGCAUCAAGAUAGGCAUGUGUGAGAGUGUCUCAAAAAUCUAAGUCUUAAGAAGAUCACUGUGUGUGGGUUAACUAUGCAUAAAUUGCUAAAUGUGCUAAAUUGCAGAGCCAUGUGAUCAUCCGUAUCUAUCCAUGCACCUCUGAGCAUAUCACCUGCACUCUGGCCACUGACCUCCACUGGCUUUUUCUUUCUACCAAUUCUGGUAUUAGUGUAGUGUAAUUAUUGAGCUGCUUCAAGUAGCCACCAUUUGAAAUCAAAGCUCUGCCAGAAAAAUAGCCAUCCCUCCACUGAAAAAAAUGUAGAUUGAUUUGAGGCCAGACAUGGGCAAUAAACAGUCCCACAAAAGUUUAUGGCCUUGAGAUACUGAGCCCCUGCAAAAGCUAGAAUUGGGAGCAUGAUUCUGUUGAAAUGGGAAGGUCCCAACUUAUCAACAGGUCCCAACUUAUAUACAACACUUGCUAAUAACCCUGGGAGGCGCCAAGGUAUUGGUUUUGACAUUUGUGCCUAUUUUUUAAACAGAUGAGCUAAUUUGGCUGGAUUGUGUAGGUUUCUAAAAUGUAGAUACUUAGAUCUCCCUCCCGCCCCCGAGUCUUGUACAGUUGGAUUUAAAGCUUUUUAGAAACUUGGACAAAAAAUGACCAACAAAUUCUCUCUCUUUCUGUCUACAAUUUUCCAGUCAGUUGUGGUGCUGAGACAGCCAUGUUUAGAGGUGGAGGGAUACAAAAAAUAGUCCCAAUUAAGGUCCAACAUGUGAGCUCCCCCACACACACACUUUUACCCACAAUGGUAAGCAGUUACUCCCACAAGUAGUCCCUGCAUUGUAGUUCAUUGUUAUUCAUGGUUGUAAUUACUCACCAGUGGGAGUAAAUUGCCCUAUUCAGUCCUAAGCAUUUAAAAAUUGUCUAGGCCAUCCUACCUGGCAUGUAUAGGACACAUGAUGGGGCAGCGUGCUAUCCUUGGACUGACUGGGACAGCGCAUGACGCUGCCAGUCGGGCGGCGUCCCAUC